UAGACAUAAUGUUAGCAGUGUGGUUAAGGUUAGGAUCAAAUCUGAUUUUAAGAAGAGAAAUUGUAUAAAUAGGCUGGGUUUAGCCAUAAUUAUGGCUUUGUGACUGUGGUAACUAGCAACGACCGACGAAGAGUUGACCUAAACAUGGCGCCCUUGCUGGAUUAUAAAAUCGGCGAUGCUAUGUUGUUUUCUUUACCUUUGCGAUCAAAAUCGAUUCUCCUAACAUGUUCACUAAUUUUGGUUAUUUACUUGACGUCGCAGCCAGCUUUGGCCAAACCGAGUAGCCUCAAAGAGAUCACUGACGGAAACUGGGAAGACAUCUUGGCAGGGGAAUGGAUGAUUGAAUUCUUUGCCCCCUGGUGUCCGGCGUGCCAGCAGCUCCAGCCCAUGUGGAAUGAGUUUGCCGACUGGGGGGAGGACAUGGGUGUCAACAUAGCGAAAGUGGAUGUUACUGAACAGCCUGGUUUGAGUGGACGAUUCAUUAUCACUUCACUUCCGACCAUCUACCACUGUAAGGAUGGUGUGUUCAGGAGGUACCAGGGGGCUCGCACCAAAGAUGACUUCCUAAGCUUUAUUGAUGAGAAGAAGUGGCAGGGCAUUGAACCGGUUUCUUCCUGGUUUGGACCAUCUUCCUUCAUGAUGAACACAAUGUCAGCUCUCUUCAAGUUGUCAAUGUUCAUUAGGCGUUGCCAUAACUACCUGACAGAGCAGUUGGGUAUUCCAGUGUGGGGCUCGUACAUCAUCUUUGGACUGGCCACUCUCUUCUCUGGCCUAGCCCUGGGACUGAUACUGGUGUUCAUAGCUGAUUUUGUCUUCCCAUCACGACGAUUUAACUCCCCAAACUACUACCAGAAGAAACAGACGAUGGAACAAGCCAGGCUUAUUCAGCAGCUGGAGGAAGAGCAGGAGGCCGAUGGAGAGGAGGAUGAUGAGGACGAUGAAGAUGGCGAACAGGAGGAGGUCUGGAGGAGAGUGUCUCCAGUGGGCCGUCCCGAGGCCAGAGGGCUGGGUUACCCAGAGGAGGUCUUGCGAAAGAGGGUGGUUGGCAACCGUGAGGAGGAGGAGGACUCCUAGAGGGCUGGAGGGGAACUGCAGAUGCCGCCUAACACCCGUGGGAGACGCGGUGGGGCUGGGGAAGCAGCCCUGUUCGGGGCCCGAGCUCAUAUUUAUAAAGCGCCUCAGAAUAGGAGUCUUGAUCUAGGAUCAGUUUAGCCUUCUAGAUCAUAAUAAAUAAGAUUAUAUGAGCAGGGGUAACUGAUCCUAGAUCACCACUCCUACUCUUUCAUGCUUUAUGAAUAUUAGUCCUGGCAGCAGUAGAGUUUACAGCAGACCGCUUACAGAGAGCCCUAGCGACGCCCCGGCAACGUCGUACUUCCUGUAUUCUCCCUCUGCUUCACCGGGAGUGCUCUCCUUUCACCACCAGCACUCCUGGACUGGAGGUGCUACCGCUACUGUACACUCCCAAGACUAGGGUCGUGUUCAUUAUCUAUCUUUUGAAGAGAACAGACUGGAACAGGCAGGGUUUAUCCAAAUUUGUCCAAUCUAAAAUGCUCAUUUUCCAUUGCGUGCCCUAAUGAACCAAUUAAAUUGGGCGUGGUUUAGGUAUGGAGUGCAGUAGAAAUGGCACAUUUUUUGCCAAUUUUAUGCUAUGCAUUUCUUUAGUGUUUAUUGAAUCUCUUUGUGCGUUAAUCCAUGUUUUAACAAAUUAUAUACAGCUUGUGUUUUGUGCAUUUCAUUGUAUGAUAUAUUCCAUAUAAUCUAAUAUGUACUUGUGUUUUUUCUCCUUUUCACUGUUUUUGUAUCUCAGAACUCCCAUAAUUUAUUUUCAUCCAAGUCUUCCUUGACAGACCGUGCAUCCACCCACCGUGCUACUCCAUAAUGGUUUAGAAUGGUUAAAUAUUGUGCAGAAGUACAUCUGGAACCUCUUUUCCACCUUCAUAAUGAGUGCAGUUGGCAAGCUUUUAUACAGGAACUUGUGAUCAAAUCUCUUCGGGGCAGGGACUCUCCGUUUCCAUUUGGACUUUAAUCAGCAAUGGCACAAAGAUGUUGACUUGAGUUACGAUGCUCUGCUCUGGCUCUACAAGACUGGACGGUUUAAUCUCUGCUGCCUGCCUGGUUUUUAUUAAGUUUCACACCAAUGUAUGAAGGCUUGUGGUGCUAAACCUCCCUGGUGAAUGUUGUUCAGUAUGGAUUAUUAAAGAGCAACUGAACGUAAUAAGGAAUUUAUCCUUUAAAAAAAACUGCUGGUGUUGCAUCGGUAUGAGUCAAACAUUUUAUUAUAGUGUCAAAAUUGACUAUGAAGUGGAAAUGGGAUAAUUUCGCUCCUGAAGUCAGUCUCGUCCAUAACAGGUUUAUGAGAUGAUUAAGAAAAAAUGGUGUGUCAUGGAAUGGUGUGUCAUGGAAUGAAGAGUUUUUUUUUUAAAAUUUUUUUUUAAUCCUGCCCCCAAGUAAUCAUCGAUUUGGAGCACAAUGCCAUGGUCAAUUUGGUUUGACAUUCAAUAUCUUUAUGGGCUAGUUAGAAUUACUCAAGGUACAUGGGACAAUAUUUUAAAAUAUCAAUACUGCCAGGUUUCAAUUACUUAAUGUCAAUUUUUGAAAUUGUAGAAAUUAAUAUAUAAAGAAAGCAUUUGAGGCAACUAAAAGGUGUGCAAUAUGAAAAUGAUGUACCAUUUAUAUGUCAAAUUUUUCGUCCAGGUUUAGCCGGAGUAGGCUGUCAUUGUAAAUAAGAAUUUGUUCUUAACUGACUUGUCUAGUUAAAUAAAAGGGUACAUUUAAAACAACUGAAACGAUAUAGCACCAACAAUAGGAUAUACAAAGUCAAACCAAUUUUGGGCCGGCUGAAGCUUGCUAGCUAGUUUGCUAGCUAGUCUAGGUAACUUCCAGAUACAAGAUCUGGUUUGAUGGUUUCAAGUUAUCUAGAAGGGUGAGUAACUGUACUGUUUUGUCAGAGUGAAAGUACAAACACUUCCCUCAUUCGAACACACACGAGACACCCACAUCAAAACAUGCCUCCAUAACCCAGAUGUUGUUCUCAGUUGCAUUUACUGAAUGAUGAGAAUUGAAACCGAUGCUAAAUCAGCAAGUUCAGCUCCACUUUAAUACUGAGUUCAUAACCAACUAGAAAAGUGGUAAUUAGCAGUUGGGAAGUCGUAAAUACCAGUUGGAUGCGUUCAAGUGUUUUGAACUUGUUGAGAAACGCUGAUUGGCUAAUGCGGUGUCAACCAUAAACAAAAAGUACAGCUGUCAAGUUGUAAUGUUCAAAAAACAGAUUUAUUUACAUGUUUUUUUGUGUUUUAAGUGCUGAAAUUGUAUGUUAUCGAGGUCAUAUUCUUAGUAGGUGACUUAGUAGAAGUCGGAGCUCAGGGAUGAUAGACAGGUUUCCCACUAGUAAUUAGCAGUUGGAGAGGUGUUCAAGCUGAUUUCUCCUAACAGGGCCAUACUGGGGCGCGUUCACAACACCAACCUGUUACAAAGAUAUUGUGCUGUAAAAUGUAAAUAACCUUGUUUUGUCAAUCUCCACUGUAAAGCUAAUAUCCACCCCUUUGUAAAGCUGGCAGUGGACUGUAUUUUGGAUUUGUAUCUUAUGUUGUGUUCACCUGUGUGUGAUGUUCUUCCAUAUUAAUCAGAACCGUUUAUGAUUAUUGAUUGGUAAUGGGCUGUCAUGUCAGUCAGCCGUCAGACACAAUGCAAGCAUGUCGUUACAGCUACAAUUAUUAAGGGAGUUCUUUAAUAGCCUGGUCCCAGAUCUGUUUGUGCUGCCUUGCCAACUCCUAUGGUCACUCUGGCUCUUCUAUUUUGGAAAAAACUAUGGGUGUUUCUCAAUACUACUGCGCUCCUCACUCCUGUGCUCCUAGUGCAGUCUUUGAGGGCAUUUUCUUGAGUGUGACAUUUAUUAGGACGAGAGUGUGGAAACGCAUACAUUUUACAUUUGAGAAGCGCUGCACACUCCCGUGCUACUGCGUUACCUUUUGACCGUUUACAGUAAAUUGUGUGACCAACAUGUCGGCUGCUCAUCUACAGUAUGCUGGACUUUCCUGGAUCACAACUACCCUUGAUAACAUGUAAUAUGUCAAAACAUUUGUAGAUCUGAACAUCAGAUUUAGUUUAAUAUUGCAUUAUUGUCAGUAAAGCAAUUGAGACUUUUUAA